AAUGUGGCCCACGAGAAAUAUGAGUUUGACACCCCUGGUGUAGAAGAUAAAGCAACAAAGUGCAGUCCACUUACCAUUUAAACUGCUUUAUGAAUAACAUUUAGUUGAGUUGCUUUACACAUUUAGGAGCAGAUUUAAAAGUAGUCUUCUGCAUAUUACAGUACAUUCUGAAUGUGGAUAUAACCUUACGGCAUACAUGUACUUUUAUUGACAUUCCAUUCAGACAAGAAGCGCUUAGUCAUGCAUUUAAGCUUGCUGCACAUCCCCUGAAUGCUUGGUUUACAUUCUUCACCUAGCUUUCGGUGACACUUGCGAGAUAACACUCGUUCACUGUUUGAAAUAAGAUGUCACUCCACGAUAAUCAACACCCCGUCAGAAAAAAAAAUUGAACGGAAUGUCAUUUCAGAUAGCGCUCCCACAAAAAGCGAGAAUACAGCGAGAGAGCCUCAAAAAAGUGUUCAGAUUCAAAAUGCCAUUUGAAAAAACGGCCACAGAAAAAUUGCAUGCAUUGAUACGAGUGUUAAUUAAAAAGAGGAGCAGUCGUUUGCUAAACAAGGCUUUCCUUUUCAGCCAGUAUUGCACUUCCUGGUCACGCCCAAGUCCAACCUGUUCAACCUGUUUGCAGCAGGUGAGUUCACCUAUUGAGUCAUGCCAGCAGCAAAUUUGUGUGGGCUGAGCGGGAUUAGCGCCAUUAUUGUUGUCAGCACAUCAAGUAUUUUAAGCUUAUGUCUUACUGUAUUCUGCCUUAUAUUUGCAGCAAAUACUAUGUAGGAGGUUAGGAGGGGGAGGAGGAGGAGGAGGAGGAGGAGGACGAGGCCAUGGAGGCGGCUAAAACAGAGGACAUUGAGUCCAUGAUGGAGGACAUGGACUACAUUCCUGGUCACUUCCACCUGGACCUUAAUCUCAACUGUGAUCCUGCUGGACCUUUGAAACUGAGACAGCGAGACACUUACUUGAAACAGGAGAGUCUCAGGGGUGAGCUGGAGGCCGAAGUUGGAUAUUUACAGUACGCUGUCCGCAAUCUGCUCGGUCUACUGGCCUUUCACCUCAACCACCUUCAAACUGCAGAGGAAAUAUUCAGGGGCAUUUGUAAGGAAGACCCAGGGAACCUGAACGCUUGGGCCAACCUCGGCUACGUGUACGACAAGCUGGAAAGAGAGCUGGAUGCCGGAGAAUGUGUGGAGAAAGUGUCCCAGCUGAUGGGUUUAGACGCUGGAGAGACCACCAAGGAAGACACCAGGCAAAUGGCAGCCCGCUGCCUGGCAGAGCAGGCCUAUGUUUACCCCUACGACGUGGAGCUGGAAAAAGAAGACGACUUGAGGGAGAGGCUGACUGUAGCCCUGAUGCUGUAUAACAGAGCCCUGGACUACGGUGGUCACCUGAUAUCAGUGGAAGAAAAACGAAGCUGGUACUUUAAGAUGGCGACCAUUUAUAUCAGAUUGGACGACAUCGUAAGGACCAGAGUGGAUGCUGAAAGCUCCAGACUCGCUCAAUAUAAUAAAGGGUUAAGCCUUCUCAGAGAAACCCUUCAAUCUGAGAAAACACAACAAAAAGCUCUUUCCUGGUGUUAUAUCGGCAUCAUGUUGGAGAGACAGGACGAGUUCGCCACAGUGCCCAUGUCCAUACACGACUGUGGCUACUCUGCUACUGAUCCUCUUUCCUGCUAUGGAAAUGCCCUAAAGUUGGCCAAUGACGACGCAUUCAUCCUCAACCUUCUGGCCAAGCUGUUCCUUCUGCUGGGCAAACACGAGAUGGCCACGGGGAUCUGCAACAUGGCUCUCAAUGUGCUGCCCGACCCGGAGAUCAACUGGCAGGCUUAUUGCACCCUGGCCAAGAUCAACACGACGCUUUACGUCAGGGACCUGGAAAAAGCCAAACGUGGAGAAGGCGGAGUCCCGGACAGACAAAUGUUAACCGAGGCCCAGAAAAACCUGGAUAAAGUCUUGGCUGUGCGUCCUUGCUUGAGGAAUCACCUGGAGAUGGCACAGGUGUACUACUACAUGGGUGUGGAUGCACUCCAGGAGAGCCUUUUGGUGGACGAGGGAGCAAUAAACAACGCCUUAGUGAGUCUGUCCCAGGUCCGACUGUAUGAACUGGGGGACAGCUUGCCUGACCUCCACUUGCUCAAAGGACGCUGCCUCCUGCUGAAGGGCGAGGAACAGAACGCAGCAGACUGCUUCAAAUGCGCCCUGGACUUAGAGAGGCCGACAAGCGGCGAUACCACGGCCCUUCGCUGCCUGCUACAGGCCUUGCUGGCCGUCUUCAUGCAGGGGGUUCACGACCCCGACCACGUAAUAACCCAGAUGGAGCAGUGUUUGCAGAGGGCUGAGGAGAAGUACCCCGAGGAUGUGGUGAAGGCCGAGCUGAGGUGUCUUUACCGGACGAACACGGCGGAGGUCACAGAGCUGUCUCGGACGCUCAUCAGGUCGGGACGAAUGGAACUGGUCAGAAGGCUCCUGCGGACUGUCACGCCUGAACAACUUGCUAAGAAGAGAACGCUUACAAAAUCUUUAUCCUUCGCAUGAUGCCCAAAAAAAAAAAAAUAAAAAAAGCAAAAACCAAGGCUGUACUGUAAUGAAGUUCUGCUUCAACGAGAUAUCUACACUGUGAAGUUACGAUGACAAAUACUGUAAUAUAUUAUUUCAGUCACACACUGCAUCUAGUUUAAGUUCAUUGUCCAGCCAUCCAUUUUCUUAGCCGUUUAUCCUCACGAGGGUCGCAGGGAGUGCUGGAGCCCAUCCCUGCUGUCAACGGGCAAGAGGCGGGGUACACCCUGAACUGGUUGCCAGCCAAUCGCAGGGCACAUAAAGACAAACAGCCACACUCGCAAUCACACCUAGGAGCAAUUUACAGUGUCCAAUUAAUGUUGCAUGUUUUUGGGAUGUGGGAGGACACGGGAGUGCCCGGAGGAAACGAGUAGAACAUGCAAACUCCACACAGGCGGGGCCAGGAUCGAAUCCGGUCCUCAAAACUGUGAGGCCAACGCUUAACCAGCUGAUCCACCCACCGUGCCGCCUAAUUCAUUGUAUUCAACAAUUUUUUCCUGUAAACACACAUUUGUUGUCAAGUAGAAUGAAUAAAUCCCAAUUUCAUAAAUGAAAUGUAUUUUAAUUUUGCCCUCAUCACUGUUAGUGAGGAUGUUUACCAAUACUUUGGUUCCUUGUGUCCAAGUUACUGUCUCCUGCUCCUAAGGUCAGCCCUUAUGAAUAUUGAGUUAAUAUAUUACAUGAGAAAAUUGCUGAAAUAAUCAUGAAAAAAGUGCCAUGUACUGUACUACACACUCUUUCAUAGGCCACUUAUUAAA